AUUGGAAGUGAAAGUGAAUGAAUGUCGGAGGCUUAAUUAGAGAGAACGCUCGCGCCUGCGUCAGUUCCUCUGAGCCCGUCGCGUUCGACACACCUUGCGUACUCCCCGGCGUACGCGCAUCCUUCUCACACUCGCAUCACCGCUACCAACCAGCGCACCGAGAUGAGCCGGCACAGUUGCCUGGCCACGGCCGUCCUACUGGCGGUGCUUUGUUUCGCCGAUGCCCAACGCCGCCUGGCCCUGCCUGACCCCAGGAGUUGCGCUAACAGAGUUCGUCAUUCAACGUAUCGUGACGCUCGCGGGGUUCUACAUUCGUACUUCUUCAGUUGGGAGCACGCGCCGACCCGCAGUCUUGAAGUGGACUGGCUUGACGCGAGAAACAUUUGCCGGCGACAUUGCAUGGACGCCGUCUCUUUGGAGACCCCACAGGAAAAUGAGUUUGUGAAGCAAAAGAUAGCGCGUGCUAACAUCCGGUACAUUUGGACAUCGGGCCGCAAGUGUAACUUCGCCGGGUGCGAUCGCCCCGACCUGCAGCCCCCCAACGUGAACGGUUGGUUCUGGUCGGGCUCCGGCGCCAAGAUCGGCCCUACCACGCAACGCAACACCGGUGACUGGUCCUACACCGGCGGCUACGGGCAAGCGCAGCCUGACAACAGGGAGGCUGCUCAAGGCAACGACGAGUCGUGCUUGGCGAUCCUGAACAACUUCUACAACGACGGUGUGAAGUGGCACGACGUGGCCUGCCACCACGUCAAGCCGUUCGUCUGCGAAGACAGCGACGAGCUGCUCAACUUCGUGCGCUCGCGCAACCCCGGCCUACGCAUCUAAUGACUGCACAACACUUCGCCCUCUAAGUUAUUAUAAGUCACUGAUUGAUGCCGCACCAUUCAAGCACUGCCUACGACAAGCUUCACAGCGUCUUCGCCGGCGACGUGGUCCCCGAUAUCCGACGUCACCCGGACGUGGGCUUUUUAACUCACGAUCUCGGGGGCGCCCGGAAUGAUACUUGGGCCAAAUCACACUUUCAAAACGGCCUUCUGAGCCGAGGUCUGAACCUCACAAGAGACGCCUUUAGAGUCAUUCCGCCCAUCUAUAUUUUGCUUCUGUCAUCAGGCGCUGAUUUUCCAUUAAGGAGCCUGCAGCACUUACACAAUCAGAAAGAAAAAUGCUUACUAUUACCAUCUACCAAUUUGUACUUUAUAUCCACACAAUAAGAUAGAUUUUUAAUUGGAAAUCUGCAUGCUGUGCUGGAGCGGUGCGGUGUAUGUCAGCGACGACCUUUAGAUGGUUGACAUUGUACAAAACCGAGUGGCUAACUCUAUUUAAGUUAUUUAUUAAUAAAUUAAUAAAAAUAAAAUAAAAACUAAUAUACAGACACUAAACCGUUAUUUUGUUUAGUGUUCUCGUGUGACCUGUCAGAAAGAGAUUAUGGUAUUAAAUAUUCUGUGUCUUUCGUUUCGGUCAGUCGUUCUAUCUUGUAAAAAGUAUGCACAAAAUAGGAUUAACUUAUAAAUAUUAGAAUAAAGUAAUAAAUCGUUA